AUGGGCGGCAGUCAAGAAGAAUUUCCACUCUUGAACAGCCUUGGCUUGUAUGCUGCCAACAUUCUCGGUGAUGGAAAUUGCCUUUUCCACGCACUUAGUGAUCAGCUGUACGGACACCAGAAAGAACACCAAGUCAUCCGUUCCAAAGUCAUCGGUUAUAUGCGAGAACAUGCCGACUACUACAAGCAAUUCAUAGACGCUCAGCCUGGUGGUGGCACAUACGGUGACAACAUGGAGAUUUCGGCUUUUAGCUCGGCAUACAACGUAGACGUCAAGAUCUACCAGCGAGACUUUGCCUACAUGAUCUCAGGCUCUGGUGACGACCGAGACCGAGACGUAGCUCAUAUUGCUUACCAUCACUACUCAUCCAUUCGCAACCUCGAUGGCCCUCACUCCGGCCCGCCCAACGUCACCGUCAAAGCUUUGUCGCCCGACGAAGAGCAGAAACAGAAAGAGAAGCUAGCCCAGACACCUCACGUGCUCCCUUGGAUGGUCGAUGUUGUCUCGUCAUCUCUUCCAUUCCUUGCCGACAAGCCUACCAUCAAACGCACGCUCGAAGAAUGCAAAGGCAACAUCGAUGCUGCCGUCGACAAGCUAAUGGGUGCCGAAGAAAAUGGCAGCCUGUCGUCCGCACAAGAGAGCUCUAGUGUUGAGCGUGAACCCGAUAGUGACGAGGAAUACCCUGGCAAGGAUGGUCCCAACAAGAAGCGUGACCGUAGACCGUCAUCACGACAACAGUCCGGAGAAGCCAACCCUGACGAGAUGCGAGCCAAGUUCGAGACCCACAACGACUCUUCUGAGUCCGUCAAAACAGAAGCUUCUGAGUCUUUGAGCUCACAGCCUGACAAGAAGAAUGACGUUCAGGCAGCAGCUGGUGGCGAUCGACCUGAAAGUCCAACCACAUCCGGCAUGAAGCUUCGCAGCAAAGGCAUGGUCAAUACUCCGCCCAUUGAGUCCGGGUUCCGCACUCUGUUCAUCUGA